GUUCCGGAAUGGGAACGACCCUUCCUUUCUAAAGGAGUCCAGACUUCCUCGGAUUCUCUGCUUCAUCUUUCGUGUGCGGUUCUGUUUUGUUCCCUAAUGGACGGAGAAACAGCUCGAGACGUUGAGGAGUUUGAGAAGGUUUUGCAGGAGUUGAAGAUGAAGGAUUUUUCAUCAGGAGCAGAAUCGGACCAGGCGUCGGUGCCUGAUGUGAGUUUGAUAUCAGUUUCUCCGAUGGCGUCGUCGGGUUCGAUGGCAUAUGCAGAAUUGCCAAAGACAGAUGCUGUAAAAGACAUGAAGGAUAUGUCCACUAUAGGUCCAGAAGUUAAUUCAUCUAAAGACAUGGCGAAGUCCUCGUCUGUCCCAAAAUCAGCUUCAAUGGAGACAUCAGAGAUAAAUCCGGCCCUGGUAUCAGAUGAAGCACAGAUAACAUCAGGUUCUGUCAUUCAGUCGACCGACCCGUCAGAUUCUGAUGGGAUUUAUUUGAUUCCAGACUCAGAUUGGAUACCAGAGAGAGACGCUCUUUUGGCUGAUCUGGAGUCCACGACUUCCCACAUUUCAAAACAAGCUGUGUUUCUCCCAGAUGAGACGCCAUAUUCCUUCCCUAUAAAAAGUGACUCUUAUCAGGAAGUCUCCUCCCCGCCUUCGGUGACAUCACAUCCUGCAGAAAUACUGAAUGGAACCGAAUCAAAGCAUCCAUCAAACCAGUCUUUGAGCUCAGUUCAGAAAAGCCCGAGUCCUCGCACGUCACAGUCAGAAGAGGAACACGUCUACAGUUUUCCUAACAAGCAGAAGAGCAUUGAUUCACCAGCAUCAGUUAUGAGCUCAUCGCUGGGCAGUAAUCUGUCUGAACUGGACCGUCUCUUACUGGAGCUCAAUGCCGUUCAACACAGCACUCCUUCAUUCCCUACUGAAGAGGUGCAGCCACCCAAACCAGCUCUCAACACUCAACGCUUGGCUACAGAAAAUGGACUCUCAUCUGUCAUGAAAGCUCCUCCUCCCAAAGUAGAGAAACCUAAACGCCAGGCAGCCGGUCGGGGUGUAGAAGAUGUCCGACCCAAUGUUGAUAGUCUGUUAAAUGAGCUGACGAGCUCUGUAUCCGUCUCUGUACCUCCUCCAUCAGUGCCUGUGAUUCCUGAGAUGAGAGAAAUACAUGAGGAGACACCGGCAGCCCAGCAGCAGGCCCGAAUCUCAGCGUCCUCGGCUACACGAGAACUGGAUGAACUCAUGGCAUCGCUGUCUGACUUUAAAGUUCAGAGUAAUUCUGACACUGUGCGCCCAGUAAAGGAUGAUUCACUUUCUGUGAAAGAGUCAGAUCUUACCAAAGUAGUGAUGACUGAGACUCUCCAAGUCUGUUCCUCCCCUAACCAAGAAGCAGAAGUAUCUGACCGCAUUGUUCCUCCCGAGGCCUCCUGUGAACCUCCCCUUACCUGUUCAUCACUUUUACUGGAACUGCACAUUGUUGAGGAAACAACAAAUUCAGGACCAGCUUCCAGUAGAACUGUGCUCAACACAUCCUCCAAAACAUCUCAGUCCUCCAACUCGACACUCAAAACAGAUUUGGACAAAACGCAAUGCACAAAGACUACAACCUCUGAGCCUCUUAAAAUGCCUUGUUUUAUGCAAGAACCAUCUGUACAAAGCCUACCAGUGUCAAGUUUGAACAAGACCUCAAGCCCUGUAUCAGUGUUAAAAAACAAUCCAACUGUAGAUGCAAAGGAAUCCACACCUGUUACGGUUCCAAGAAUUUCUAGCUCAGUACCCGUAGCCAAAAGCCCAAGCCCACCGGAGGUUACUACGAGCUUAAAUCAAAUCUCAGAAGUGAAAAGUCCUGAAACAAUUGUUGAAACCUUUAGCCCAGUUGUAGUAAGAAAGAGCGCAAGCCCCAUUACCGGUCCAAAGAGUAGCAGUAAUAUUACAGCAUCAAAAAGCCCAAUCACUGAAGACGCUGCCAAGAGCCCAAUUUCUGAUCCAGGGAUUACUAUGAAGAAUCCUGUGCCAACUUUCACUACACUGCCCGCUCCUCCAGUUUCAACCCUAACAUUAACCCCAAAGCCUUCCAGAAAGAAACUUGAUAACUCUGAAUCAGGCAUACUGGGGAUUGACCCCACUUGCCCCAAGCCUCUACUUGACGGAGAUCUGGACGAGCCAUUGGUGUCCAGUUUUUCCCAACAAGAGUCAGUCAAACAAACGCCUUUGACUGUGAUUGAGGAAACUCCUGCCUUAUCUGACAGUGAGAAGCAGAGGUUGAUUGUUGAAGAUCUGGGUGAACUGACACCAGAGGAUGAACAUGAAGGUACAGUUUAUCCCACCACAGACUCCAGUUGGUUGAAUGACAGAUUGCUCCUUGAGGCAUCAGAUGUUUCACUGGACCUUCCACUUCUCCAGCCAUCAGCAGUUGAAAGGCUGUCUGCUUCUGGACAACUUAAAUCGGUAAUCAGACGCACAAAGGAAACGUCCAAUGUCCACCCGAUGUUUCGAGAUGGCCAGAUCCGCAAAAAAAUGGGCCCACUCAUUCUUAACAAAACAAACUCUCAGGAUCGACUCAUUGAAGAGCUGCAAGGGAAACUGGGAAUCGCUCGCACCGAGCGGCCUCAAAAAAAGCCUGAUCAUUGGCUUACAGAAGGGGUCAUCAUCUGUUCAAACCCACAGCGUCUAAGAGAGGAGGGUUGUGUAUCACCGACCGUGGAUAAGAUCAUUAUUCCUCCUGACUCACCAAGUCCUCUAAAAAAAGUCUUAACCCAUCCAGUCACAAACAAGCUAGCACCUCUACCCCCACCACCUCCACCCCCUAAAAAUCCUUUUCAGUAUUCUUCAUCACCCUCAGUUCCACCUCCACCUAAAGUCCACACCAGUCCUCCACCUAAAGUCCACACCAGUCCUCCACCUAAAGUCCACACCAGUCCUCCUCCUCUGCCCCCUCCACCCAAACCUGUGACGCCACCUCCUCCUCCGAAGGUGUUAGCAUCUGUGGCCUGCCAAACGGAAUAUGAGCCUCGUUUUCCACCGAUAAUGGCUCAGGGAAAGAGUUCUCCCAGUAAUGUUCAGAAACAGGGUAAUAAGUUGGACAACAUGUUGGGCAGUCUGCAGUCCGAUCUUAACAGACUGGGAGUUCAAACUGUGGCCAAAGGAGUUUGUGGAGCUUGUAAGAAGCCCAUCGCUGGACAGGUGGUGACAGCGAUGGGUCGGACGUGGCAUCCAGAACAUUUCGUGUGUACUCACUGUCAAGAAGAAAUCGGUUCCAGAAACUUCUUUGAGCGAGACGGAGAGCCGUACUGUGAGAAAGAUUAUCACAGUCUCUUCUCUCCACGCUGUCACUACUGCAACGGACCCAUUCUGGAUAAAGUGGUGACCGCAUUAGACAAGACUUGGCACCCGGAGCAUUUCUUUUGUGCCCAGUGCGGCUCAUUCUUUGGCCCUGAUGGUUUCCAUGAAAAAGAGGGCAAGGCGUACUGCAGGAAAGACUAUUUUGACAUGUUUGCCCCCAAAUGUGGCGGUUGUGCUCGAGCCAUCCUGGAGAAUUACAUCUCUGCUCUCAGUUCUCUCUGGCACCCCGAGUGUUUUGUGUGCAGGGAGUGUUUCACUCCGUUUGUGAACGGCAGUUUUUUCGACCACGAGGGUCAGCCGUACUGCGAGGCGCAUUACCACGAGAGACGCGGUUCACUGUGCUCCGGCUGUCAGAAGCCCAUAACCGGCCGCUGUAUCACAGCCAUGGGCAAGAAGUUUCACCCUGAGCAUUUUGUCUGCGCCUUUUGCCUUAAACAGCUGAACAAAGGCACUUUCAAAGAGCAGAACGACAAACCGUACUGCCAGAGCUGUUACGUCAAACUCUUCAGCUAGACUCAGUGCAGCUGUAAGACCGUAUUGAGCCAUGCGUUUGCCAAUGAGAACCAAUCAAAGGUCCUUAAUUUUUCACAGUGCCCUCCAGUGGGCGUAGUGUGUAUUUACACCAGCGUGUUCCUGUGCCAAGCUGCAAAGCACUCUGAGUCUUCAGGGAGGCCAUUAAAGUUUUUAAACAUCUUUUUUUAAUGCUUCCUUCUCUGGAUUCAGGUGUUAGCAAAGAAUAGAUUUAGCCUUCGGGUUGCGUGGAGAGAUAUUUUAGAUAAAAUCCACUGCAUCGGACAAAUCAACAAGUUCUAUUUUUGUAUUUAUUACACGUGCUGAGCUUAUCUUGAACAUACAUGCACACACACACACAUCUAUUUGCACAUUUCAGGAGAUCAUUUCUUCUCCCAUCUCUUUCUUGCUGCUGUUUUUAGAUAUAAAGAUGCACUUGGCUCUUUUGUUUGCUUUUCUCCUUCAUCUUCAUCUGUCAGGUUUUCUUAAAGGUGCAAUAACUGCUGGUGUCAUCAAAAUUUCAAAAUCAUAUUCUGUAUAUUUUUCUAAUUUUGCUACUCAGAGUUUGGUCAGCCUUGGUUUUAUUGUGCAUGUCAUUUAAUACAGAUCUCCAUUUAUUUUCUCUUCAGUUGUUUCUAUUUUUGUAUUUUAUGGGUGAUUUUUCUAUUUUUCUGAUUGGCUGGAGUGGUUUGAUCUCUUUAACUGUGGAGUCUUCUCACUUCUACUGUUUUAAGUACAUUUAUAUUUUAUUUUCAUUAAAAACUUCAUGUUUAAAGACACCAAUGGGCGUGUGUUUUUGACUAUGUACUGGUUUACAAUGUGCCUGUUAUUUCACUGGGCAUGUUUUAUGAUAAACAUGCGAGUUUUGGCUUCUUUAAGUCUCAUCUCAUUUGAAAUGAGUUUUUAAUAAUUUUAUGAUAUUAUAUUUCUUUAUCUUUAUUUGAUUUUCUCCUUUAUGCGAGUCAAUGUAUUGAAGUCUUAAGAAUUAUAACUGAUGGCAAAAACUCCACUGAAAAAGAUUGUGACUUUUAUUUUUCCUUUUAUAGUAAUUUAAGGAUUGUCUUUUUCAGGGUGAUGAUUUAUUCAUAAUAAACUGAUGACAUGCACAUUGUAUUUACAUCAUGGGGUCUAAAUGUACUGUGUAAAGCUUUAAAUAAAAUCCAGAAUCUGAAUGAAA